CAACAUGAUGUUGUCUUGGAAGGAGCUGGCUUAAAAAUCACUACUCCGCUUAUGCCCAAUGGAAGGAUGCUGUCUUGUAGAGACAGCCAGACCUACACAUUCAGGUUGGAUGAGCACCCAAACAAUAACUGGAGUCCUAGGCUGAGUAGAACUGAGUAUCAUCGUUUAAUUGGGAACCUGACAGCACUUCGAAUCAGAGCUACUUAUGGAGACACCACAGGCUACCUCAGGAAUGUCAUUUUGAUUUCGGCACAGCCAACCUCUGGCACUCCAGCACCGUGGGUGGAACAAUGUGUGUGCCCAGCUGGAUACCAGGGGCAGUUCUGUGAGAAAUGUGCUCCAGGGUACAAGAGAGAGAAUUCUGGUAGACAUGGGGCUCUCAGCAACUGUGUGGUGUGCAAUUGCCAGGGAGGAGGACUCUGCGAUCCAGAUACAGGAGAGUGCUAUUCUGGGGAUGAAAACAUGGAGCCCAUACAUGCUGGCUGCCCAGCUGACUUUUACAGAUCCCCAUGGAACCCACAGAGAUGCCAGCCAUGCCCGUGCCAAAGUGGCUAUGGCUGUUCGGUCCAGCAGAGCACAGGGGAAAUUGUUUGCAAUAGGUGCCUUCCAGGCGCAGACGGUAAUGCCCCAGUUAUGAUGUAA